AUCGGCAGAUUGGUUAUUGGGCAGAAUGGUAUCUUAUCGACACCUGCUGUUUCAUGUAUCAUCCGAAAGAUCAAAGCUGCUGGUGGAAUUAUUCUGACAGCUAGCCACAGUCCUGGGGGACCCGGAGGAGAGUUUGGAGUCAAGUUUGAGGUUGCCAAUGGAGGACCUGCUCCAGAUAUAGUUUCAGAUAAAAUCUAUCAAAUCAGCAAAACAUUGGAGGAAUAUGCCAUUUGUCCUGAUCUCAGAGUUGAUUUAUCACGCCUAGGAAGACAAGAAUUUGAUCUGGAGAACAAAUUCAAACCUUUCCGAGUGGAAAUUGUAGAUUCUGUGGAUAUCUACCUCAGUCUUCUUCGAAGUAUCUUUGACUUCAAUGCGAUCAGAAAUUUGCUGACCGGACCCAACCAGAUUAAAAUAAGGAUUGAUGCCAUGAAUGGAGUUAUGGGACCUUAUGUGAGAAGAAUCCUGUGUGAUGAAUUGGGAGCUCCUGCAAAUUCUGCCAUAAACUGUGUUCCUCUGGAGGAUUUUGGGGGACAGCCUCCUGAUCCCAACUUAACAUAUGCAACUGCCUUGCUGGAGGCUAUGAGAGGUGGAGAGUAUGGAUUUGGAGCUGCCUUUGAUGCUGAUGGAGACCGCUACAUGAUCCUUGGCCAAAAUGGUUUCUUUGUUAAUGCGUCAGAUUCGUUGGCUGUAAUUGCUGCCAAUCUGUCUUGCAUUCCAUACUUCUGUCAGAUGGGCGUCCGAGGAUUUGGCAGGAGCAUGCCUACCAGCACAGCCCUAGACAAAGUGGCAAAAGUAAUGAAGGUUCCUGUGUAUGAGACACCAGCAGGAUGGAGAUAUUUCUCCAAUCUCAUGGACUCUGGACGUUGCUCACUUUGUGGAGAGGAAAGCUUUGGCACUGGGUCUGAUCACCUUCGAGAGAAGGAUGGACUAUGGGCUGUGCUAGUUUGGCUUUCAAUCCUAGCAGCUCGAAAGCAGACCGUGGAGGAGAUUGUCAGGGAUCACUGGACAAAAUUUGGCCGGCACUACUACUGCAGGUUUGAUUAUGAAGCACUGGAACCCAGAACAGCAUAUUUCAUAAUGAGAGACCUGGAAGCUUUGAUCACUGACAAAUCGUUCAGCCACCAGCAAUUUGCUGUGGGUAACAAUAUCUACAGUGUGGAAAGAACAGACAGCUUUGAGUACGUAGAUCCUGUGGAUGGCACUGUGACCAAAAGACAGGGGCUGCGGAUUAUUUUUUCAGAUGCUUCCAGGCUCAUCUUCAGAAUGAGUGCUUCUAGCCAUGUGAGAGCUACUCUUCGGAUAUAUGCAGAGAGUUAUGAAAAGGAUCCUAGCCAACACAAUAAGGAACCACAGGCUGUGCUGAGUCCUCUUAUAGCAAUCGCACUGAAAAUAUCUCAGAUUCAUGAGAGGACAGGACGAAAGGGACCCACUGUCAUCACCUGAAGCAACGGAAGAUUGUUAAACCAGGGCCAAAAGAGGAACAGCAAGGAAGAAACAGGACCUUGCUGAAACAUGUUAGCCAUUUGUGCCUUGUAUGAUUUUAAAAGUUUUAUUGGGGAUAGAGGGAGGGUGGGAAGAAAAAUUCAAUAUAAUAUCGAGCAUAUUCAUUUGCAUUGAUCUCCAGAUACAGUAGUGUAUUGACUUCUUUGUUUUACCUGCAAUAUCUUAAUUUCAGAUA